UCAUGGUUCCUAGUUGGAUUCAUCAACCACGGAGCCAAGACGGGAAUUCCCAAAGCUCAUUUCUAAGCUCCUUGAAUUACAAAAGUGCCUUUAAAGAGUAGAUAUAAAUCACAUUUCAAAAAUAGCACAGCUUAGGUAAGCAAAGUUCUGCACACUCAGCCAGAAAUCUUUUUUUUUUUUUUUCCUAAUUUUGCCUUUGGGUAAGAAGAACAGAGCAUUAAAACACUCCAAUCAACUGUUAUCUCCACUUCUGUCACAUGGCUAAAUGGCGCCUCUAUUUUUAAACACAUGAUUGAUACCCAUCUGUCCAGGUUGGGUCAAAUACAGUCCAUCCUGUGGGCAGAGAGAGGAAUCAGAUGACUUCUAAGGUCCCUGCCAGCCCUAUGAUUUGUCAAACAGAAAUGUAAUUGUGUCCUUAGAUUAAAAAGAAAGUCAACACCACCCCAAAGAUUCCUGAAAACUAUAAACUGCAAAAGUCAGCAAAUGAAACAAGACACCGCUUCCCCGUCUUUGAAUGAAUCUGAAACCAAUACUUAACUGAAGCUGCCUAAAGAAGGAAAUAAAAUAAGACAAGCCGAGAGCAGAGAAGGAGAGGAGACUGGGUUUGGCGGUGAUGAAUCAGGGCAUCAGACCAGAGGGUGUCUCCUUCCUAAGUGUGCAAUUAGAGACCCAAUAAAAGGUUUCAGUGCCUUCUGUCAGCGCACAGCCCGCUGCCCACAUUCCACUUGCUCUCACUCGUGAACAAGGUAAGUCUCAUGGACUAUCUUCUUGAGCACACUUUGGAACUCGGCUGCUGCUUUGCUUAUGUGUGAGAUUGUAUAAGGAUUUCCGAAGAAACACACUCUAAGUCUAGAUUGGCCCCUAUUAAUGCUACUAGACAUGGAGCUCCAGCCACCCAAAUGCAUUCCUUGCUUCGGGAACUUUGUUGAUCAUUUUCUUUUUUAAAAAAAAUAGAAACUGUAUUACAUAGGCAUGAAUACUAUUUAAUAAGACACUGGAGUCAGACCUAUAUUAAAAUGAAAAUAUAAAGUCACUUAAAUAAUGGGCAAUAAUUGAGGGCUUGAGACUCUUUUGCCAUUCACUUUACAGCACCAUGUUUUCAUGGUAAAACAAAAAACAAACAAACAAACAAAAAAACAUGCUUCUUGGCCUGGAGGUUGAUUUUCUUGGUGUUACUUCUCUCUCCUUUGGAAGCUUUCCAAACUUAAAAGUUAUACUUUCCUAUACAAAGGAGCUAGACUGGGCCAAGGUGGAAGGAAACCAUUCUCAAAUGAUGCUGAAAGGAUUAGUCCCACUCUCUUGGCUUCAUUUGUGCAUUUUAAUACUUACAUUUGAGGGUUUCUUCCACUCUCCUUUAGCAAUAAAGCUUCUUCUGAACACAUAGGUGUUCCUAUUUUCUGCACGGUGGGGAGAAGUAUCUCUUCCUAUAGCUAUCUGUGCUACAUCUGAUCUCACCACAUUAUCUAGUACAAAAGUAAAUCAUCCCUGAAGUUAAGAUAGACUAUUUUAAGAUAAAGAAUAGAGUAGAUGAUGCCAGAGGAGUGGGGGUGGGGAGACAGAAGGAAGGCCAAUCUUGGUUAUCUCCUCCCUGAAGAACCCAAGCUAGGAAAUGUGCUUUGUUUGUUUUUUGUCAUAGCCUCCUGACUCUGAAAAGAUGCCUCGGCUCCUGAGAGAUGUGCUCUGUGUCAUCGAGACCUUCCACAAGUAUGCCAGGGGGAAUGGUGAUGAGGCAGUUCUGACCUGCAGAGAGUUGAAACAGCUUAUCCAGGGCGAGUUUGGGGAAAAUCUUCAGCCUCCUGUCAUCCAUGCUAUAGACAGAGACUUGAAUCUUCAGGAUAUCGACAGCAAUGACACCAUCAGUUUUGAUGAAUUUGUUCUUGCAAUCUUCAGUCUGUUGAACUUCUGUUAUCUUGACAUACAAUCAUCACUAAACUCAGAACCAAGACAAGUGUCUACACUAGGGGAGAAGCCAGAUGAUAUGGAUCUUCAAGUAACCAGUGUAACUGGCCAGCAGAAAGAGGGACUUUCACCAACUCAAAAAAAAGUUGUGAUUCCUUCAGUAAUGGCAUCAUCACCUCAGCUUGGCCCUAAAGAAGGGGGAGCAGUUGAAUAUAAUAGGGUGGACCCACAGGGAGAUACUACAACUCACAAACUGCCAAUAAAAGCAUCUGAGCACAGUGACCCUAAGGACCAACACCUGGAAGGAGGUGAACAGAGCCAGGAAGUGGCCCAAGAUGUACUGUCAAGAGGAAACAGUGGGGCCCAACUUGAGACAAAGAAGCCAACAGGAUCAGCACAGAACAGCAGUCUCAUAAAGCGGGAGGGGCAGGAUAAAGAGAUUCUCAGGGAGGGAGAUAAGCCAGUCAGGGAGCAAAGUGACACUAAGACAAGAGAAGAGUUCAGAGAACAGGAAGGGAAAUUGGAAACCCAAAAUCAUCCACUGGAAGAAACAAGAGAGAGGCCAUCUAAAGAUCAGGAAGUCGCAGGAGAGAAGGGUGGUAAGGACCACUCUAAAACACAAGAACUGCCACUGCAAAGAAAAGAUGAGCCCCACUCAGACUAUGUUGACCUGUCAGAACAAGCUGCUGCCCAGAAACCAUUUCAGACACAGAAAUCUACUGAUCCUGAGGAUGACAGUGGAACAGCUGAGAGUCAAGAACCAGAAGAGGAUGCUAGUAGGAUGCUACCUGAGACAAAGAAUUUAGCUGAACCUGAGGAUGAUGGUAGAACAUCCGAGACCCAAGAACCACCAGUACAAGAAAAAGAAUAUGAAAAAAAGGACAUGCCACUCCAAGGUGACAGCAGAAAUGUUUCAGAAACACCCACUGUUAGAGCUGAAAGGAAAGAGCUAAGAGGCCCUGAGGUCCAUCAAACAGCAGGGCAGAAAGAAAGUGAGAGAAGAACUCAGUCACCAGUGCUGAAUGGCCAAACAGAGGAUGGGAAGUACUGGGAGCUCCAGGAAUCAUCAUCAAAAGAAAAGAAUGCUGAAGAAGAUUCUAAGACACAAGAGUUAAGCUCAGAAGGAGGAGAUCAGAAACAUUCUGAAAUUGAAGGAGCAAUCAGCCCAGAAGAAGAGGCAAGACACGCUGAAGAAAGCACAGUAGAAGCACUUGAGAGCAGCAAAAAUGCCUCUGCAACAGAAGGGAUACCAGGAGCAAGAGAAAGAACACAGGAGUUGACACCACUUGGGAAACAGUCUGGAGAAAAAAAUAAGAGGGUGGCCAAGACUCAUUACAAGCCAGUCAAGGAGAAUGAUUGCUACCAAGGGGAGGAUCCUGAGCCAAAAGUCACACAGAAUGGUGAGGGGUCUUCUGAAACCCCCAGCAGCCUGACUCCAGAGAGUGGUGAGAGCAGCUUAGAGACAAGUGACCUGCCUGUACAAGGGGAUUCCCAGAGUCAAAAAGAUCCACCCGGAGCAUCCGAGCAAGGAAGUCACAAUAAUAACCCAGACACCCAGAAACAGGUAGCACUAGGUGAGAAAAACAGAUCUCAGGAGGCAGUAGUGCUGGCAGUCAGAGAGGAUGAGCAGCUCACCCAGGAACAGGUGUGGCCUGUUGGAGAAGAGCACAAGAGCCAGGGCUCAGGGACCAAAGGCCCAGGUCCAGCUGUGGAGCCCGACGGACACCCAGAUAACAACGAAAAGACCCUGGAGACAGAGUUCCCAGAUGCCCUGAAUGCAGGCUUUGCUGACCAGCUUCCUGUAAGGCAGCUUUCUUCAGAGAAAGACAGCAGAAAAGAGCCAAAGGUCCAGGGCUCAAGUACCAAAGAAGAGGAAGACGGAGCACCAGAGGCCCUAGUUAAAAAUCUGGAUGAGUAUAGUUCAGUCUCCCCAAAGGAACCUGCAGUGCUGGAGGGGAACGAAUGCCCUCAAGAGCUUCUUCUAGCCAAGAACGUGCAUGAUUCUUCAGUCCCUAAAUCAGGGCUUAAAGAGAGGAUGCAGAGGGACCAAGAGCUCUAUUCUGUGGAGAGGGUUGCAGUUCAUUCUAGUGCACUGUACAAGUACCUGCAAGAGAAGAUACUGCAGCAAAUAGACAUAACCCAAAAGAAGCAUCGAGAUCAAGCUCAGACAACCAGUGUAUCAAGCCCAGAGCUCCGCAAUGACCAGAUCAGUGCAUUCCUCACCAAUGAAAUCUCAGAUUGUCCUGCCUUUUUCACUGGCAGCCAAGCACUGCAACAGUGCACCAGGGAGCUUCUGCUUGAUGAGGAUCCUGCCGAUGCACAGCUAACAGCAGCUCCCCAGGCCCUGGAAGAUAAGCAGAGUCACCCUCAGAGAGAGGAACUAGAACCACAAAGAGAAAUAAGCACCCCAAAGCAAUGAAUCAUUGUUAUUAUCCCAGGAGAAGUUCCAAGGAACUUCAUACAUCUGAACAUGCCCCAGACUUCUCCCUUCCCAAUCACCCUCAACACUUACUCUCACACAUUCAGAUGAAGAUUAAUAAACCUUUAAAUUCCCUGCCUAAAUUCCUACAGGAGCAAAUAAUAAAGUAUUCAGCAGCAGGAGCCACCACCAAAGAAAUGUCAAAACAAACAUCCUACCAUAUGAUGCUACUUCCAUGUGCCAAAAUGGACUUUCUCAUGAGACCAUUUAUCACAAUUUACUUGUCACUAAAAAUUAGAAAAAUCCUGUCCAAAUCUUUAACAGAUGACAAAUUCUUCAAUUGAUUCAUUGGCUUUUUAUAAAGUGACAAUAGAAAGUAUAAAACUCUGGGAGUUCCGGAUGUGGCACAGCAGAAACGAAUCUGACUAGUAUCCAUGAGGAUAUGGGUUUUAUCCCUGGCCUUACUCAGUGGG